AUGCCUGACUACCUUGCCUCUCCAAGUAACAGUGAGGAUGAAGAUAUUGAAGAGACUGUGUACAUCGUUUCUGUUGAUGUGUUGAUGAAAGCCAGGCAGCUUGUUAAUCCCAGGAAAAAGAACCAUGUGACAUUAACGCUAGAAAAGUUUAACAUCAAGGACCAGGAAUGGGUGACAGUUAAAAAUCCCCUUGAUUUGGUGGUGGAGACAGAUAACUUUUCCUCUGGAGGUUUCCGAAAUGCUUUUCUGAGAGUAAGUAAAGAUAAAGAUAAAUGGGUCAUCAAGACCUAUAAUGACAAGGCUACAGAUACCAUCACUGGAACAGAAGAAAGCAUUGUUGAAGACCAUACAUGCAAACAGAUCCAAAUGCAUUGUGCUGCUAUAUAG